AUGGCGAAUGGUUUCCCUCCAUUUGGUGAUAUGAAUCGACUGGAGAUGCUGUACGAGAAGUCUCGAGGCACUACGCCACGGCUUCUGGAUUCCAAUACGUUACCUGCUGACGAAGAACCUUCUGAGCACAGUAAACGCACAUUAACGGAAGCAUUUCAUAAUAUUACUGGACUAUGUCUGAAAGUCAAUCCUGCCAACAGGUGUGCCUACAGUUGGAUUUGUUUAAUAACUCGGAACAACAGCUUUGAUAGCACUAUCGAUAGCUGA